GGGUGUUUCUCCUGUGAGAAAAUUACAAAGUUAUCUAUUAUGUCCUAAAUUUCUAUUAUAUCCUGCAAAUUUCAGUCGGUUCUGAAAAAAGUGAUUAAUAGCAGUCAAAAAUAAUGUGUAAAAAUGUACUUCUUUUGGUACUGAAGUUAUAAAUUAUUAAGAUCGAUUACACCAGUAUUAUGGAUCUACUAGUUUGAGUAAAGUUGAUUUAUUUUUAACACCAUGGGCUCUGAACAAUCUCAACUGCAGCAACAGGCGGAGGGUGGUACCGUUCGCAGUGGUAGUCUCCGAGCGCAAUCUACCAAUGCGACACCGACCCCUACUAGGUCCAAUACCGGUGCAAAGCUUCUCCGGGGGAACACUAUUGCUGCAACGGAAAUAUCGGCCCUCAAUUUAGACGAUAACGGGACAGGUCCCAGUUUCUCUGGGACGCCUUCUUCCGCAUAUAUCUGUGAUUCUCGACCAGUGUCGCCUCCGAUGAGUGUUUGCUCGGAUUCCGACUUACCGUACAUAUCGUAUACCGAUAAGCCCAUAGGAGAUUCGCCAAAAUUGCGCAACAAACAGCAAACGAAGAGUACCGGCAAGAUACGCCCCAACAGUGCUUUCGUGGGUAAAACACAGGAAGCGAACCGCUAUAGCUACACGGGAACUGGAGGUGCCGGUAGCGGGUCUAGCAUCGGUAGGUCUCGACCUUCCUCGACGGCACACAGUAUUGUAGUGGUAAAAUCGGCCACCGUUAAGGACACCGGCAUCGAGAAGGAUGACGACAUCGUGCGGCUGCAGAGCAUUCCACAGUUUCUACCAGUGAUGCGUGGUACCCUGUCCCUGCCCGCUAAUCGCGAUCCCGAGGUGCUCGAGCGGCUGCAGCCAACCCAUAUGGCGAACAUGUGCAGUCGUUUGCAGUUGCACUUUAACACCUGUGCCACGCAAGUCGCGGCCGAACAGCACCAGAUCACCAACAAGAUCAAAGAGGUGGAUCAAGAAAUCUCCAGCGCGCUGGCACAAUUGGUGCAGAAGCAGAAACUGUACACCUCCUACGCGGAGACAUUCUCCAAGGUGCGGUCAAUAUCGCAGCAACUAACGAGGUGUAAUGAUAUUCUCAAUCAGAACAUCGAAAGCAUGGAGUAUUUGAACAAUCUGCUCGAUGUCGAAGAUCGGUUAGAGCCGUUCGUGUGGAAAACAGAAUAGUCAACUCGGGGAUUAUGUAAGCAGAGAGGAAACAGUAUGUAUAUAUAAUCAGACAUAAAACCAAAUAAAGUUUGGCGUUCGAUAUUGCUAUAGACACUCGAAGGGCUUGCUUCGAAU